CCCCCCGCCCCCCCCCCCCCCAACAUCAUCACCCCAGACGCAGGCGUAUUAUCCUGCAGGCGUGCUUGCAACUUCCUCUCUUCCACACAGCACACCACAGUAGGGCCUUCAGCGUCUGUCGGAUACAUCGGCACAUACAGGGCAAAGCCUUCCACUGAACACUCAUCGUCAGCUGACGCGGAACUACGCCCUACGAAAGCCACCUUGUAACCAGUCUCGUAACGAACACAUCCACAUUCCCACGCAAACACUGUGAAACGCCGUCCAGUUCGGAACCCUCACCCGUGAAAGUCCGACGUACAUACAUCGGUUGGAGCAGCAGUCUCACUCGUCUGGUUGGGAAAACACACCCACAACUCUCGGCAGACGAAAAGCGCGGAAGAUGGCAAUCGCACGAAGGGCAAUCGUGGUUGGGCCUGGGUGCUCCAUGUGCUGCACGGUUCUAAGCGCAAUCGGAAUCAUCUUCCUCUUCCUCCUCGGCGCCCUCUUCCACGCGCACGCCGAAGAGCUAGUCGAAGGCAAAGAGGGCGAGGUACCCACCGACCCAGCGGCCGUGGCGCGAGGAUGUUAUCUCGCGGGAUUCAUCUAUAUGGGGUUCUUUGGAUUUUGUUGGGGGCAGGUGGGUCUUGUGAAUCAAUUGUUUGGUUGAAAUUUGCGGAGACUGGGACACGUCUGCGAAUGCUGACCGAAAUUUCCUUAUUUACUUGCUGUACAGUACUGGAUGAAUCAGAAGCGGGACCUGGAGGAUUCGGGGUUCGGGCAUAUAUGAGGGAUGUCUGCUGUCCAACCCAUUAGAUACCCACUUGGGAAAAGUAUAGUGGUCGGAACGAGGCGGAAUCUCGUAUUGUAUUGUUGGUCGGCGAGGAAAUAUCGACCUUUUUUCGCAAAUGUGAUGAUGCAUGGACGAGAAAGUCGAAUGGAUGUCAAGUGCAGCAUGUUUGGCCGCCAGCAUUCAUCAAUCCAAUUCCCGCACAUCAAUGUACACGUUAUAACAGUGCAAAACUCACACCCGCAUCCCCUUCCCCACCGUCCCAGGCGGAUACCACGGCCUCCUUUCCCCACCCAUCCUUCCCAACCCC